AUGCGGCGUCGUGAGAGCCGUGGUGCUAAGGGAGGAGGUUUCUUGACUCCACCACCGUCAUGGCACACGACGAGAAGAGUUUACAUUGCGAUGCCGAUUUCGGAGAGGAAAAGAUCACCUUUGAUCGAGAAUCAAGAAUCGUUUAGGGUUCGUACUGGUGAUUCUCCUUACGUCAGAGCCAAACAUGCUCAGUUGGUUUCUAAAGACCCGAAUCGAGCUAUCUCGUUGUUUUGGGCGGCGAUUAAUGCUGGAGAUAGAGUUGAUAGUGCAUUGAAGGACAUGGUAGUUGUUUUAAAACAGUUGAACCGAUUCGAUGAAGGAAUCGAAGCUAUCAAGUCUUUUCGAUAUCUCUGCCCUUUUGAAUCUCAAGAUUCUAUUGAUAACUUGUUACUUGAACUCUACAUGAAGUCUGGGAGGAUUACAGAGGUCGCUGAGCUGCUUGAACACAAACUGAGAACACUUGAACAAGACAAACAUUAUGGUGGCAGGAUCAAAAUAGCGAAAAGAAGCCAUGAGGAGCAGAAUAACAAGACAAUCGAGCAAGAGAAAGCACGGAUUCUAGGGAACUUAGCUUGGGUUCACUUACAGCUUCAUAACUAUGGAAUUGCAGAGCAGUAUUACAGGAAUGCUUUGUCUUUGGAACCUGACAAUAACAAGUUGUGCAAUCUUGCAAUCUGUUUGAUACGUAUGGAAAGAACCCAUGAAGCUAAAUCUCUGCUUGAGGAUGUAAAACAGUCUCUAGGGAAUCAAUGGAAGAAUGAACCGUUUUGCAAGUCUUUUGAACGGGCUACUGAGAUGUUAGCAGAAAGAGAACAAGCAACAGUAGCGGAUAAACCAGAAGAUUUGCUGACAAGUAGCUUUUCAGAUAACUUCUCUUCGAGAUGUUCAGGUGGGAUGAAAGGAAAGAAGGCUCUAGCUGGAACUAGCACUGAACUGGGUAAUAUUCACAAGACAAACUCGCAUGCUUCCUCUGAAUCGGUUGAACAAAACUCACCAGGUCUGACUACACAACCCCGGGAAUGUAAAUGGGUAGAUGAGGAAGUAGAUCAGAGUAAAUGGGAUGCGACAAUUGGUGCUUCUCGAAAGCUCAGGUUCUGGACAGUUGGUCCUGUUCGUAGUCUAAGAUUCGGUAAUGAUUAUCAGAAGAACUUGAAGAGUGUAGGAACAGCAGCCUCGACUACUAAUGACGAACUGCAUCAAUUCAUCAGUAGUGAUGCAGAUUGCAUGACAAGCAAAGCAAGGAAGCUGUGUCCAGAAUUGAUCAAAGAUAAGGAAGAUAACGAAAAAGAAAGUGAAAGAAUUGCUUCAGAAUCUUCUUCAGCUUACGCUAAGAUCACAGACAUUGGUCAAAGAAAGGUUCUUCACAUUGAUCAAAGAAAGGUUCGUCACAUUGGUCAAAGAAGUGUUUAG